CUACGGCCACUUAAACAUCUCUCUACCUUAUCCUCUUUGUUCUUUUCUCUUUACACGCAUACUUUUAGUACCUAUUUAUCUCUUUAGACCCCCCAUGAAUCAUGAUACUUCUUCUCCCCUUUCUAUACACGACACCACACUACACUACACGCAGGAAUAGGCAAAAGUCUUGAAGUUGUUGUCAGUCAACCACUGGUCACUUGUCAUCUCACCCCCAAACCCUUAUCCAUUAUCAGUCUGACCAAUCAUUCAGUUGAGGCGAACCGAAUUUGUUUAAUGGACUUCUGCUUUUCCUACUUCAAACCCGAAUUCCCAACCUUGCCCGCCGGAUAUAUCCGCCGCCCAAUCGCUUUCCAGAAUCGCUUCGAUCGGAGGCCGUUGCCGAUUGUAGCAUCUAGCAGGUGUCAGUUUGGAGGCUUGGCAGCGCCUCUCGAGCCGAGAACGCCGGCCGGGAGGUUCCUGAGCGGCAUGUUGUUGGAUGGUCGCGAUGGAUUUCAGGCUGCGGCCAGGAAGGAGUUACAGCGGCUUGCGGCUGAACGGGAUGAAGCUGCGGCUCGGUUGCAGCUCAGCAUUGGUUCGGACGAAGCUUGCCUGCACAGGAGGAUUGCUGAGUGCAAGAAUCAUGAGUGCCAGGAAGCAGUCGAGGACGUAAUCUACACACUCAUCCUCCACAAAUUUUCCGAAAUAAGUGUUCAUUUGGUUCCCAAGCUAUCCGAAUGCCUCUACAAUGGCCGUUUGGAGAUAUGGCCCUCAAAGGACUGGGAACUCGAGUCCAUCCACAGCUGUGAGGUUCUGCAAAUGGUGCGAGACCACAUAACGGCUGCCGUUGGGCACCGAGCAGAUGCUAAUGUCACUGCCAGUUGGGCGACAGCUGAGGUACAUAGGUCCCAUCUCUGCAAGUUGUACUCGUCCUCCAUUUUCUACGGAUACCUUUUGAAGUCCGAUGCUUUCAGGCACUAUCUUGAACAGGAUUCGGAGAUGUUCUCCAUUGGUUCCAAGCAGAAGAUUGCAUAUGGCCACAUUAACAUGGGAUUUUCAUCUGGUGGCCGAUUGUCAUGCGAUUUGGGUAAGAAUGUGGGGAAUUUGAGGAUUUAUAUGAUGGGAUUUGAUCUGGAAAUGAUUGGGAUGUGUGCGAGUCCGAGGUUUAAGGAGUCGGUAAGCCUUGUGGGGAGACAUAGUCGUGCCCUGUUUGGUGGUGAUGAGGAGGCGGAUGUUAUUAAGACAUCGUUUGCUAGUGUCAAGAGAUUUUUGUUGGAAGCUGUUGCUUUUGGAUCGUUUUUGUGGGACGUGGAGACUCGUGUGAAUGGUGUGUAUGUGCUCGAGGAGAAUUGAGUGUGUGUGUGUGUGCGUGUGAUGUGUUUUUUUCAGUCAUGUUCUGUGUAUAUUGGGUUUUCUUAGAUUGAGGUAUAGUAGAUUGUGUAUAUGUGGAGGUUUUGUGAUUAUAUAGUAUGUGGUAUUACUUGGAGAUUCUGGUUAAUGUACAUACAGAAGUUCCUCGUGGUGUUUGAUAAUGGAAAAUUUACUUAUCGUGGGAUGUACGAAUGUUCUUGGAGUUUGCUGUCUGUGUGUGUUAUAAAAUAUGUUCUUGACUAAGGGCACCCAUAUUGCACUAUUAAUUUUGGGGGUUUAAAUGAAACUUGCGCAUUCAGAGGGAUGUGGCCAUUCAUUAAUCUGC